CUUCUUCUUAUAAUACAAACGACUUCUCCUUCUUUUCCUUCUCUUCAAGGCUUCAAGCAACUCUCAAACAAAACCUUUCUUUCUUUAUCUUUCCUUCAUAACAAGAUCAAGCUAUGGGAAAUUGCCAAGCCACAGAUGUAGCAAGAGUCACAAUCCAACAUCCAGACUCUAAAGUAGAGCAUGUCUUCUGGUCACUCAACGCCGGUGACGUCAUGGCUGCUCAUCCCGGUCACUAUGUCGCCAUCAUCAUCACCUCUCCCAAUCCUUCAACCAGUUCUUCUUCUUCUUCUUCUUCUUUAGUGAAGCAUCUCAAGCUUCUUAGGCCUGAUGACACUCUUCAAGUUGGCCAUGUUUACCGUCUUGUCAGCUUUGAAGAUGUGUUAAGAGAGUUUGGCUCAAAGAGAAGAGUUAAACUCAGCAAACUUCUGGAGAAGCAUAAAGUUGCUGUUGAUGAUCAAUCUCAGUCUGUGGUAAAGGAGGAGAAUGGGAAGAAGGAAGGGGAAGAGGAGGAGGAGGAGGAAAGGGAGCAGUGCUUGAGAAUGGGAGGAAAGAGAAGUGGGAACAUUGGGCAAUGGAGACCUAGUUUGCAGAGUAUCCCAGAGGUUGGGAGUUGAAUCUUGAAAGGAUGUUUGAUCUGCUAUUUUGCUGCAUUGGAGUUGGAGUUUGCCGUGUCCUUUUGCUGAUACAGUUCUGACAAAAGGACUUCCCUGUGCGGUUGUUGAGGGACAAGACUUUUUUCUUUAUAGAGAGAUUCAAAUGUAAUACAUUAGCAUCUUAACAGAGAAUUUUAUUAAAUAGAACAUGUAUAUAUAUAUAUAUAUAUAUAUCUAUGUUUGCAGAAAAUGUUUGUUUUAUUUUACACAAUGUUUUGAAGCCUGUGACCCGGAAAGGCUCAUGAAUCACGGGUCAAUGGUCCAAUCA